GGGGCACGCGGAGAGGCGGGGCGAGGCGACGGUUUGGUGGCGCGAGGGCGGCGUUGACAACCGCUGCUCGGGUGGCUCCAUCCCUUCCUUUCACGGCAGUACCCGUCCCUGUUGGCUCCCCUCUCCCGCCAUGUCCGACUGGGAGGCGGAAAGUGAGGAGGACGAGGCCUGCCAAGCUCCCGCCAAACCCUCUCCGGCCGAGUGGCGCCCGGUGAUGGCGAGGGCUAGUGGGAAACGUGGCUCCGCGGGCAAAGACGACGAGGAGGAAAGAGGCGGUGGCGGGAGGAAAUGGGGCUCGCGGCCGGCGCCUUCCCGCGAGCCGUGGCAGUCGGGGCCCUUGGAGUACCGGGCCCGAGGCCCCUUCCGAGGGGCGGGCAGGGAGCGUGCCGGGUCGCCGCCGCUGUGCUUCCACCUGGAUAAUUCCCUCGUGGGCACCCUCAUAGGUCGAAGUGGAAGUAAAAUAAAAGAGCUCCAGGAAUCAUCAGGUUGUAAAAUACAGGUUGUAAAGGGCAAUUAUGAAGCUGAAAUAAAGAUAUUUGGUGGUAAUGAUAAGCAAACAAAAGCCAAAAUGAUGAUUGAUGAUCUUAUUGAGAGGUGCAGCCAAAGCAACGCAGGAGAAAGGUAUGUUAAAGAUUGCUUUAAACACCAAGAUUUUGGAACCACUCGUUAUGAAGAAAGUCAUUCCGGUGCUUUGAAGUCGGGAUACAGUAAUCCAAAGCAAUCCAUUAACUGGGCCUCCCUUCGAGAAAAUAAAGCUAAAUAUGAAGCUAUGAAGUGGGCUGAUUUGCCUCCAAUUGAAAAAUGUUUUUACAAAGAAUCUCUAAAGGUUGCUUCAAUGUCACAAGAAGAAGCUGAUAGGUGGAGAAAAGAAAAUAAUAAUAUCACAUGUGAUGACCUGAAAGAUAAUGAAAAGCGUCACAUUCCCAAUCCUAUUUGUAUAUUUGAAGAUGCUUUUAUGCAUUAUCCUGACAUUAUGGCAAAUAUAAAGAAAGUUGGCUUUCAGAAGCCUACUCCAAUUCAGUCACAGGCUUGGCCAAUAAUACUUCAAGGAUUUGAUCUCAUUGGAAUAGCGCAGACUGGUACUGGAAAGACUUUGGCUUAUCUAAUGCCUGGGUUCAUUCACUUGGAUUUGCAGCCAAUACCUAGAGAAAAACGUGGUGGACCAGGUAUGUUGGUUCUCACUCCCACUCGAGAACUGGCUCUUCAAGUUGAGGCAGAGUGCUCAAAAUAUUCCUAUAAAGGAAUUAAAAGCAUUUGCAUAUAUGGUGGCGGAGACCGGAAAGGGCAAAUCAGCGUGGUUACCAAAGGUGUGGACAUUGUUAUAGCUACGCCAGGUAGAUUGAAUGACCUCCAAAUGAACAACUUCAUAAAUCUGAGGAGCAUUACAUACCUGGUGUUGGAUGAAGCUGAUAGAAUGCUAGAUAUGGGUUUUGAGCCUCAAAUAAUGAAGAUUUUAUUAGACAUACGCCCUGAUAGGCAAACGGUUAUGACCAGUGCUACAUGGCCAGAUGGUGUCCGUCGUCUUGCAAAAUCAUAUUUGAAAGAUCCUAUGAUUGUGUAUGUUGGUACUCUUGAUCUAGCAGCAGUAAAUACAGUGGAACAGAAAAUUGUUAUUAUUCCAGAAGAAGAAAAAAGAGCUUUUACACGUUACUUCAUUGACACUAUGAAGUCCGAAGAUAAAGUCAUCAUUUUUGUGGGAAAGAAGCUUACUGCCGAUGACCUAUCAAGUGAUUUUGGUCUUCAGGGAAUUCCUGUCCAGUCCUUACAUGGCAACAGAGAACAAUGUGAUCGUGAACAGGCUUUAGACGACUUCAAAAAAGGCAGAGUUCGCAUACUGAUAGCAACUGACUUGGCCUCCCGUGGACUUGAUGUGCAUGAUAUCACUCAUGUCUUUAAUUUUGACUUCCCUCGCAACAUUGAAGAGUAUGUUCAUAGAGUAGGCCGUACUGGACGUGCAGGCCGCACAGGGGAAGCUGUAACCCUUGUGACUAGGAAUGACUGGCGGAAUGCAUCUGAAUUGAUUGACAUUUUGGAAAGAGGAAACCAGGUAAUUCCCGAAGAACUUAUUUCAAUGGCUGAAAGAUACAAGCAGUUUCAGUUGAAAAAAGAAAUGGAGAAAGAUACGGGGAGGUCUCGUGGGAGAUCUCGAAGAGGUUUUUAAUCCAUACUUGAACACAGGAGGAAACCUUGUACAUAAAGCAGUAAUUGUCAACACUGAAGUUUUUGUCUGCUUAUGAGUACCAACAUCUUGAUCAAUGGAGUUCAGAAAUACUGGAAAUUAUGCUGACUUGUAAUUAUUUUCAAAUUCUAUCUAUUCACUGUAAUGUAUUCUAAUGCAGUGCUGUAGUAAAGCUGGUGGAUUAUUUUGUUAAGUUUCAGUUUUGAUACAUUUUGGUUGAGAGUAAUAACUUAAUACUUAAGUUCAUUCUUGUUUUGUAGCUUAUAGUAGUUUUGUUAGAUGGAAGAACUGCACUUCAUAGAAUAAUGUUGAUAAAAGUUCUUAUUUACAAGGAAAAGUAACAAUGAGGCAAACAGAUCUUCCCCUCUCCAUCUUAAAUUUAAAAUUAGCCCGAUUCUGUGGGUUCUGUGUACUGCAUCUUUUUUAUUGGUAAGAUGUAGUGUAUUGACAUAUUUGAAUGCCUAGCGAGUCCCACCUGUAGAUUAAUAGUGGGUCUAUAAAUGGCAAUGGUAGAAUACUGUAAUUUUAUGAGAACUUUAUGCAUUAACAUUUGGCUUCCAGAAUCUUCUCUUUACUUGCACAAAAGACUAGUUUUAAGAGAAUAAAGGCUUAGUGUUUUCCUGGAUCUAUAGUUGUUAUGUUUAU